UUAAUGCCAAAAUUAAAGCUUUCCCUUUCUUGCAAAAAUAGCCUCUUUCCUCAAAAGCCACUAUCCUCAAUCAUUACUCUCUUCCCAAUCUCUAUUACUACUAUAUUCUAAUUCUACACACACAAAUAUGGCUUAUGUCCCCUCUUCUUCUUUCUUAUUGUUACCUCUUUUCUUGGAAUGAAAAUCACAUCAACUUCAUUUUUAGGGUAAUUUUUAACUCGGCUCAACUCAGCUCGAUUUGGUUUUAUACUCUCUCUUACUUACUUACACUCAACCUCUUUUUGAGAUUUCGAUAUUUUUAGUACACUAUUCAACUCAUGAAUUUAACUUACUUUUUCAAUCUUUCCUCUUUUGCUUAACAAAUUCAAGCUCUUUCAAGAUUUCUAUAUAUAGCACUAGCUACUCAAUCUAAAUCUUCAGCUUGGCUCGACUCUACUCGAUUUCUCCCUACUCUUACUUAACAAACUUGAGCUCUUCAAGAUUUCUAACUUUAGUACUCAAUUCAGCUCGAUUUAGCUUGGUUUGGUUUAUUCUCUCUUUUUUACUCAACCAACUCAACUUCUUUCAAGAUUUCAAAACUAUACUCAAUUCAGUUAAAUUCAGCUCGGCUUGACUCAACUCAGCUCGGUACGCCCAUAAUAAAUUCCCUCAUUGUCCUUUUGUCAUUUCCUCUUACUACUACUACUAACUAAUAUCUGAAAUAAAUACAAUCCAUUAUUAACUUGUACCUAACAAUAAAUAAAUAAUAACUUCACAAAACUGUUUUUUUCCUCCCUAUUUCAAGAAUCAAUCUUUUUCAGUUCACCUUAAAAAAGGGGUUUUUGAUUUAUAAAUUCCAUUUUUUCUUCAAAACCCCAUUAUAAGAUCUAAUUAGAAAACCCUAGAAGUGCAAAAAAAAAAAUGGAUUUUGUCAUAGCACAAGGAAAUAAUUUCACUACAUCUAGCAACAACAUGGUUCAAGGUACAAACUUUAUUGCCAACAGUACAACCAUGAUUGCGUCCUCGGUUCCUCCGUUGAGUCGAUAUGAGAAUCAGAAACGUCGCGAUUGGAACACUUUUUGCCAGUAUGUCAGAAACCACCAACCCCCUCUUUCACUUCCUCAGUGCAGUAGUGCACAAAUCCUGGAAUUCCUCAGGUAUCUGGACCAAUUCGGAAAAACAAAAGUCCACAACCAAAAUUGUCCAUUUUUUGGGCUACUAAAUCCUCCAGCACCAUGUCCUUGUCCAUUAAGGCAAGCAUGGGGGAGUCUCGAUGCACUAAUUGGUAGGCUUAGAGCUGCUUAUGAAGAAAAUGGUGGAAAGCCAGAAAUGAAUCCAUUUGGUUCAAGAAAUGUGAGGCUAUUUUUAAGAGAAGUAAGAGAUUUUCAGUCUAAAUCAAGAGGGGUUAGUUAUGAAAAGAAGAGGAAGAGGCCAUCAUCAUCAACAAAUAAUAAUAAGCAAAAAACAACAGUGGCGGUUGAUGGUGGUGAUUGUGGUACAGGUAGAUGUGCAACUUUUUGUGGAUACGGGAAUAUUGGUAAUGAUAAUUGAGAGUGAUUGUGUAGACGGGGGCAUGGUGAUCAGGAGGUUCUAGCUAGCUGCAAAAACAAUUUCUUGUAGAAAUGCAAGAGUAAAGUUGCGUAGAUAAGAUCCAAUUAUGUGAUCGAUUUGCAUUUCAAUCCCUAAAUUUUAGCGUGUAUUGUGGGAGCUUAGUGUACUGAAAUGUGCGCACUUUUAUUGAAUAAUUGCCUAGUUGAAA